AUGUUACGACGAACAACAACUUCUCUUGCUAGCAGCUGCUCCUCUCAUUCAAGUUGCCUCUCCAAAAAACAGUCCUUCGUUUUCUCAGCAAUUUCAUCAUUGAAACAACAAGAGCAACAUCGAUUGGCUUCAUCAUCCCAAAAGAGUCCUCUAUUUGAUUUUACCGAAGAUGAAACCAUGAUGAAAAGUCUAGUUCAAGACUUUGUCAAACAUAACAUGCCAUGGGAACUCGUUCAUAAGAUGGAUGUUGAAUCCAAGCUAGAUCCAGCAUUGAAAGAUCGGUUAUUUGAAGUUGGAUUGAUGGGUAUUGAAAUUCCCGAAGAAUAUGGAGGAAGUGGUCAAAGCUUUACUUCUUCCAUCAUCGCUAUUGAAGAAUUGGCCAAAUGUGAUCCUGCAAUCAGCGUGAUUGUCGAUGUUCAGAAUACUCUUGUUAAUAAUUUACUUUCAAACUUUGGAACCAAGCAACAAAAAGACAAGUAUUUGACAUUGCUUGCUUCAAAGGGAUUGGGAUCUUUUUGUUUGUCGGAAGCUUCAUCUGGAAGUGAUGCUUUUGCUUUAAAAACAAGAGCUGAUGUCAAGUCUGAUGGAUCCUAUGUUUUGAAUGGAACCAAAUGUUGGAUUACUUCUUCACAAGAAGCAAGUUUCUAUAUUGUGAUGGCAAAUACUGACUUUUCUAAAGGAUAUAAGGGUAUUACUGCAUUCCUCGUCGAUAGAGAAAAUCCAGGACUUAAAAUUGGAAAGAAAGAAGACAAGUUGGGUAUUCGAGCAUCUUCUACAUGUGAAGUUAUUUUAGAGGAUUGUGUUGUUGGUCCAGAUUCCAUUCUCGGAGGAGUUGGAAAAGGAUAUAAAUUAGCUAUUGAAACCCUCAAUGAAGGUCGUAUUGGAAUUGCUGCUCAAAUGGUUGGAUUAGCUCAAGGUGUGUUCGACUACACCAUCCCAUAUCUCAAAUCAAGAAAACAAUUCAAUACUGCCAUUGCAGACUUCCAAGGUAUGGAAUUCCAAUACGCAAGAGCAGCAGUUGAAAUUGAGGCAGCAAGACUCAUGGUGUAUAAUGCUGCAAGAAUGAAAGAAGCAGGACAGAAUUUUACUAAACAGGCUGCUAUGGCAAAAUACUAUUCAUCUGAAGUUGCUGGAAAUGUUGCAACCAAGUGUAUUGAGUGGUUGGGUGGAGUUGGUUUCACAAAGGAAUUCUGUGCUGAAAAAUUCUACAGAGAUUGCAUUAUUGGAAAGAUUUACGAAGGUACUAGCAAUAUUAACCUUCAAACAAUUGCCAAAUUCAUCAAAAAAGAAUACAAUUAA